CACUCUAGUCUAGGAUAAAGAUAAACCCCACCCAGAAUUUCAGAAAGCAGCAACUUGUGAGGUUUCCCAAUGGCGAUUCUUACGCUCCCAUUAGUCACUUCCAUUCUCAAACCUCACAAGACUUACUUCUCCUUUCUCCUAAUAACACCUAAGCCUCUUCCUAUCAUUCUUCACAGGCGUUUUCUCUCUAAAUCUUCCACUGUUUCUGCACUCUCCACUUCUUCUUCUGUUUCUCACAAUACAGAAUAUCAAAAGAAACCAUCUGUUCCAACUUUCCAACAAGCCAUUCAAAGGCUCCAGGAGUAUUGGGGUUCUGUAGGAUGCGCCGUGAUGCAAUGCAGCAACACCGAGGUUGGCGCUGGGACUAUGAAUCCUCUAACAUACUUAAGGGUUCUUGGACCAGAACCAUGGAAUGUUGCGUAUGUGGAGCCUAGUAUUCGUCCAGAUGAUAGUCGGUAUGGGGAAAAUCCAAAUAGGCUUCAAAGGCAUACUCAAUUCCAGGUGAUUUUGAAGCCUGAUCCAGGAAAUUCACAGGACUUGUUCAUCCGUAGCUUGUCAGCUUUAGGUAUUGAUGUCAAUGCACAUGAUAUUCGCUUUGUUGAGGACAACUGGGAGAGCCCUGUGCUUGGUGCCUGGGGAUUGGGCUGGGAGGUUUGGAUGGAUGGGAUGGAAAUCACACAAUUCACCUACUUCCAGCAGGCGGGAAGUAUUCAAUUGAUGCCAGUAUCAGUUGAAAUCACUUACGGGCUUGAACGGAUCCUUAUGUCACUUCAGGGUGUUGAUCAUUUUAAAAAGAUUCAGUAUGCAGAUGGCAUUACGUAUGGAGAGCUUUUUCUGGAAAAUGAGAAGGAGAUGAGUGCGUAUUAUCUGGAGCAUGCUAGUGUUGGCCAUAUACAAAAACAUUUUGAUCUUUUUGAAGCAGAAGCUCGCCGUUUGCUUGAUUUAGGCCUUGCAAUACCUGCGUAUGAUCAGCUUUUGAAGACUUCUCAUGCUUUCAACAUUUUAGACUCGAGAGGCUUUGUUGGGGUGACGGAACGUGCUCGUUAUUUUGGGCGUAUGCGUAGUUUAGCCCGUCAAUGCGCACAGCUUUGGUUGAAGACAAGGGAGUCUCUUGGCCAUCCACUGGGUGUUGUUUCUCAGUGUGAUCAUCUUUUUGUUCAAAGAGAAGUCUUCGAGGAGGCAGCAGGAAAGGUUCCUUUGGAGCCGCGGUUGCUUGUUCUUGAAAUUGGGACUGAGGAGUUGCCUCCAAACGAUGUAUCGAGUGCCUGCAAGCAACUCAAGGAUCUGAUUGUUCAGUUACUGGACAAACAAAGGUUGCCUCAUGGGGAAGUACAAACGCAUGGCACCCCACGAAGAUUAGUGGUUAGUGUUGAGGAGCUAUUUUCUAAGCAAGUGGAAAAUGAGGUUGAGGUUCGUGGACCUCCUGUUUCAAAAGCUUUUGAUAAGGAAGGAAACCCUACCAAGGCUGCUGAAGGUUUUUGUCGCAGAAAUGAUGUGCCUUUAGACUCCAUGUAUAGACGAGCUGAGGGGAAAACAGAAUAUGUCUAUGUUCGUUUGGUGGAGCCAGCACGGCUUGCUUUCGAGGUUUUGUCUGAAGAGCUACCUGACAUAAUUUCCAGCAUAUCAUUCCCCAAGUCUAUGCGUUGGAACUCUGAUGUUGCAUUCAGCAGACCCAUCCGUUGGAUUUUGGCCCUUCAUGGAGAUGUAGUUCUUCCAUUCAUUUAUGCUGGAGUUGUCAGUGGAAAUGUAUCUCAUGGUCUACGCAAUACUCCAUCAGUUACAGUUAAGAUUCUGGAUGCAGAAACCUAUGCAAAUGUAAUGCAGGAUGCUGGGAUUCUUGUUGAUGUCGAGGUAAUUCAAGUUUUAUAUAAACCUCCAUUUGUACUUCCUAUGCUUGUUGAUGAUUUUAAAAGAUAUUCAACCUUUAUCAAAUAUCAGCAACGGAAGAAGACAAUUAUGGAGCACUCAAAUGAUUUAGCGAAAAGUGUACAUGGCCAUAUUGUAAUGAAAAGUGAUUUGCUUGAUGAGGUCGUAAAUCUUGUUGAGGCACCCCUACCUGUACUUGGCAAAUUUGAUGACUCCUUCUUAGAGCUUCCAAAGGAGCUUCUUAUAAUGGUGAUGCAGAAGCAUCAAAGAUACUUCGCCAUGAUAGAUGAGAACGGGAAACUGUUGCCGUACUUCAUCACGGUUGCAAAUGGAUCAAUUGAUGACAAGGUAGUCAGAAAAGGAAAUGAAGCUGUGCUGAGAGCUCGAUUUGAAGAUGCAAAAUUUUUCUACGAGAUGGACACAAGUAGAAAAUUUUCUGAAUUUCGUCCUCAACUGAAAGGGAUUCUUUUCCAUGAGAAGCUAGGAACUAUGUUAGAUAAAAUGUCACGAGUUCAGAAUUUGGUUAGUGAAGUUGGGUUGUCUCUUGGAAUUAGUGAAGACAAACUCAAAGUCAUCCAAGAUGCGGCCUCAUUAGCCAUGGCAGAUCUUGCAACUGCAGUUGUUACAGAGUUUACCUCUCUCUCAGGGACAAUGGGGCGCCACUAUGCACUUAGAGAUGGCUAUUCAAAGGAGAUUGCAGAGGCAUUGUUUGAGAUCUCACUUCCACGAUUUUCUGGAGAUAUGCUCCCAAAAACUGAAGUUGGGGCCGUUUUAGCAAUUACUGACAGGCUGGAUAGCCUUGUUGGCUUAUUUGCUGCUGGCUGUCAGCCAAGCUCAAGUAAUGAUCCAUUUGGCCUGCGAAGGAUCUCAUAUGGUCUUGUGCAACUCUUGGUUGAAAGUAACAGAAAUAUAGACUUAAGACAGGCUUUAGACCUUGCUGCUGCAGUACAGCCCAUUGAAGUAGAUGUCAGGACAAUCAAUGAUGUACAACAAUUUGUAACACGAAGACUCGAGCAAUUUCUGAUGGAUAAAGGUAUAAGCCCUGAAGUCGUAAGGUCUGUUCUUUCCGAGCGUGCAAGUCGACCUUGUUUGGCAACUAAAUCGGUGUACAAGAUGGAGUCCUUGUCCAAAGGAGAGCUUUUGCCUAAGGUUGUUGAAGCAUAUUCUCGUCCAACAAGAAUUGUUCGUGGGAAGGAUGCAAAUGUCGAUGCGGAGGUGGAUGAUCAAGCUUUUGAGACAAAUGAAGAAAAAGCUUUGUGGAGCACUUUCUUGUCACUAAGAAGUAAAACUCAUCCAGACAUGGAAGUUGAUGAUUUUGUUGAAGUAUCGUCAGUUCUUAUAGAACCGCUGGAGGAUUUUUUCAACGAGGUCUUUGUAAUGGUGGAGGACGAACGGAUCAGGACAAACCGGCUUGCUCUGCUGAAGAAAAUAGCAGAUUUGCCAAGGGGAAUAGUAGAUUUCUCGGUUUUACCGGGGUUUUGAAGUAUGUUAAGUGUCCACUUAGGUUAUGUCAUACUAUCAUCUGAGGCAACAAAGAAAAAACAGCUAUCGCCUAUUAGCCAAUAGUAAACUGAGUCAUGUUUUUUUUCACGGAGGCAGCUAGGAAAAGGGAUACGACCACAGUAGAGAAACUAGAAGAUAAAUUAUUACACAAAUCUUGUAACAAUGUCACAGUUUGCAUUUUUGACUAUUGUACAAUGUGACAAGUGAAUCAAUAAACUCGCCUCUAUGUUCACUUUGCCUGCGGAAUUUAUCAAUUUGUUUACGUGUUCUUUUUCCAGAU